AUGAUGCGAGAACUUCUGGUAUUUUUCGUGGUUACUUUAGUCAUUUUCGAUUCGGAAUGUGGUGGAAUUCAAGGACCGAUUACUGCCAAUUUUCAAUCGUGGCUUCAGAAGUGAGUUUGGAUGAGUAAUUCUGGAGAAAAAAUGAACAAGAGCCAUGAAUGUUGCGAAAAACAAUCGGAACCCACGUGGAUUUUUUGGAGAAAAAUAAUCUGACCCAGAAUUAUGUAGAUCAAAACUCCAAGUUAAAUAGUACUAUUCAAUUUCACUAUUUCUCAUCAUGGCGUCAUUUUUUUUUUGAAAAAUUUUCAUUUUCAUUUUUACUGCCAGACUAUUUCUUAUCAUCAAAUUUCUCAAUAAAACCAUGUUUCCUCGAUCAUUUCAAAUCCAAAUUUUUUCAGAUACAAUUACACACACUACGAUUUUAUCCGAAAAGACUACGGUAAUUAUGGAAGUUAUGGAGGAUUUCCAAAUAGCACAUCAAAAAUCACAAGACCUCCAGUCAUUUUCUUCCAUGGAAAUUCAGACAGCGCUUUGAAAACUGAUUCAUUUUCAACUGGUUGGGAUAAUUCGAUUGCAUAUUUUCUAUCAAAAGGUUAUCAAACCGGCGAACUUUACGCAACUUCUUGGCAAGAUAAUCUCGCAAUAAAAGCUGGAACCCGAACACAUGAUUGUUCAGAUCUUCAAAGACUUCGAAAAUUUGUCGAAGCUGUAAUUCGAUACACAAAAACUACAUCAAUCUCAAUAAUCGGACAUUCAAUGGGAGUUACUUUAUCUCGAAAAAUCAUUCAGGGUGGAAUUGUGAAUGCGACUGAUGGAAAUUGUGAUCUUGGAGUUUAUUUGGGUGAUUAUGUUGAUGUUUUUAUUGGAAUUUCUGGCGCCAAUUAUGGACUUUGUAGUUGUACUGGCACUUUUUCCGGUAAUUUUUGGGAUUUUUUUUUCUCGGAUGUUGCGAAUUGAAUUAGAAAAAAACACUCUUUCAAGCGUUUUAUAGGCUUCUCUCAAACAUGCAGCAAGAAAAAAUGGAUUUUGGCCAGGCGACUCUUGUGGAACUCAAACUGUCUCAAGUCAUUGUGGAAAUUCCAACCUGAACUGCACUUCUUCAAAAUAUUCAAGUUAUCUCAAUGAUUUGAACAACUUCCCCACCAAAAUCGCCAAAUACGUUUUCAGUAUGUGGAGCAGAGCGGAUGAUUUGAUAAAUAAUCAAGAUUAUGUUUGGGGCAGAAAUACGUCAAUGAUUCCAAUGAGUGACGCAAAAAUUGUGUUUGAAAAAUAUACGCAUAUGCAAAGCAAAGAAUUGACAGCUGCUGAUCAAUAUUCACUGGUUGUUGAUAAAAAUGUCUGA